CAGGCUUUUCCUCUUCGCUCGGUGGCUGGCCAGAUGCAGUACUGGCCAUUUUCUGCUUCCGAUCUUUACAAUUGGAAAACCCAUAACCCCUCUUUCUCUCAGGACCCCCAGGCUCUGACUGGGCUGAUCGAGUCAAUUUUAUUGACUCAUCAGCCCACCUGGGAUGAUUGUCAGCAGCUUCUGCAGACCCUCCUCACUACUGAGGAAAAGCAGCGUGUCUACCUUGAGGCAGGGAAAAACGUCCCUGGAGCAGAUGGCCGACCGACCCUACUGCCAAACGAAAUCGAGGAGGCGUUUCCCUCAACCCGUCCUGAUUGGGACUACACCACCGUUGCUGGUAGGGAGCGACUUCGUCUUUACCGCCAGAUUCUCCUUGCGGGUCUCAGAGGGGCUGGAAAGCGCCCCACCAAUUUGGCCAAGGUACGUGCAGUAGUACAGGGGGCUGAGGAAACGCCGGCAGGCUUCCUAGAAAGAUUAAUGGAAGCCUACCGUAUGUACACCCCGUUUGACCCCCUGGCAGAGGACCGGCAGGGAGAUGUAAUCAUGUCCUUUAUAGGACAGUCAGCGCCGGACAUCCGCAAUAAAUUGCAGCGGCUAGAGGGGCUUCAGGGGUAUACUAUACAAGAUUUAAUG